AUGACUGAUCGAUACCAACCUGAUGAUGAUGGAAGUAUCACAUGGAGGAAAGAUGGUGGUGAUGUUCUUACACAAUUUGAAGGUCAGACCAAUAUCAGCUUCCCAAACCCAAUCCGGAUAUCAGACCAAGGGUUUUAUGAGAUCUACUAUGAUGGCGAGAGAGAUCAAAACAGAGGAGGAAUCGCCAGACUUAUCGUCAGGGAAUGUCCUGCCGGAAAGUGGGGUCCACCUAAAUGCCAAGGUGUCUGUGAUAACUGCUACAACGGUGGUGUCUGUGAUGAUAAAUCUGGUAUUUGCAUCUGCCCGAACAACUUCAAAGGAAAAAAUUGUUUAGAAAUUUGCAGGGAUGAUGGAGGGAAUAAUUUUGGAAUAGACUGUGAAUCUUAUUGCUCAUAUCGUAAUCUCCCAACGAGCUGUCGUACCUAUCUGUUUUGUCUACCUGAUCCUUAUGGAUGCUCAUGUGAUGUUGGUUCCCGAGGCCUUUCAUGUGAUAGUGAUUGUCUUGUUGGUACAUACGGUGCAGGAUGCUCGCAGACAUGUCACUGUGCAAAUGAAUCAUCGUGUGACCCUUUUAGUGGAAUAUGCACUACAGGUGGAUGUCAGCCGGGAUGGUCAGGGAACAAUUGUCAAAGCCUACACCCUCACACAGUUUACGGCCAGCAGCCAGGACCGCAGUUCUGGACACCAAGUCUACACGUAUGCAGAUUCAUGACUUCGGAAUAA